CUAUCUAAUAACGAUAUCACGAAAGAUAAAAUAGUCGUCGCAAAAGCCUGCAGUAAGUGAUCUACAUUCGGGCGAGGUGUAUGAUCAGUAAUUACGCCAAGCUGACGCGCAAAGUUUUUCAUUCCUCCGCAACGUCAUCGGCAAUGGCCAAGAUCCAAGAUCCGUACCUGCGACACCUGUUUGACGCUGAUCCAGCUUUGAACGUUUACAGCUCGAACGUGGUCAAUCUGUCGGUCGGCGCGCCCGGCCCGGAUCUUUUGCAGAAGUGCAGCAGCCUACUCGCUAAGGCUACCAAGCACAGAUUGGAAGAGGAGGAAAAAGAAGGCAAGUACUACCUGUUCCAGUACGGCAUAACCGCGGGCCUCUGGGAAUGCCGGGACGAGCUGGCGAAAUUUCUGACGCGGCGCUACGGUGAUCCGGUGUCGCGGGAAAAUUUGAUCCUCACUUGCGGCGCCACACAUGGACUACAGCUGAUAUUGACGAGCGUCGUGUCGCCAAACGGCGUCAUUUUCGUGGACGAGGUCACCUACAUGAUCGCCCUCGACGCUUUCAAGCAGUUUCCUCUGAUACGAGUCAUCUCAGUGCCGAUGAAGGACGAUUUGGUGGAUCUCGAUGCUUUGGAGGAAAUAGUCAGCCAAGAGAAGAACAAGGGGUACAUUCUUGGCAACGACAAAGUCUUCUGGGCCAUGUACUACACGAUACCGACCUUCCACAACCCGACCGGCAUGUCUCUGUCACCUGAGAUGUCCAAGAGGCUGGUGAAAAUGGCUAGGGAAAACGAGUUCGCGGUGGUCUGUGACGAUGUGUACAAUCUCCUGAACUAUGACACUGGGUAUCCACCGCAUCGACUGUUCAACUACGAUGACUCGGAGGAUCCGGGGUACACGGGUGGAAACAUCAUCUCUAACGGAUCGUUUUCGAAAAUUCUCUCACCAGCCAUCAGAGUGGGCUGGCUCGAGUGUGGACCAAAAGUCGCUAAUAUACUGAAGGAAUCAGGUGUCAUGAAAAGCGGAGGGGCGGUGAAUCACUACGUGUCCGGUUUGAUAGCGAGUCUUUUGCACUUGAAGUUGGAGGAUGAGUAUUUGGACAAUUUGAAAGAAAUUUAUAAGGAAAGAAGGGACGCACUUUGCGAUGCGUUGGAUAAAAACUUACCACCCAACUGCUCCUACCGAUAUCCCGAAGGUGGAUAUUUCGUUUGGAUCAAGCUUCAAGAAGACAUCGAUGCGCUUCCCUUUGUGAAAUGGUGCCAAGAAGAGUACAAAGUGACAGCUAUACCUGGAGCUCGAUUUUCAAAUCAUGGCAAAUCAAAGAACUAUAUCAGGCUUAGUAUUGCCUUCCACAGUGCUGAUACUAUUAGGAAGGCAGUUACAACAAUGUGCAAGGCGCUCACAGAAUACAUAAAAAAAUAGUAUUACAUACCAAUUUAUAAAAACUAUUAACCGUGUUGUAUUAUACACGUUUUGUACUGUAAGAACGACUUUUACGUUAAUGCAAUGUAAAAUAUGCCAAAGGAGUAAUUU